GAACAUCAUCUCCACACUCAUUUCCAAAAAUUUAGAUACAGAAGAAACAUAUCAAUAACUUAAGCCACAUUCUGACAUAACUUGAGCUAUAUUCUGUCCCUGGUGGACUCAAAGAGUCUUCUUUCAUAGGACAGUUUAAUUAUAUCCUCAAAAACAGGUUCACUAGCAAACAUAGCAAUGGCCUCAACCUCUUCUGCUCUCACCAUAUCCUCUUCUUCCACCCUUCUUGAUGCCAAGGCUCCAAGACAGUCACCAGCUGCUUCCCCACAAUGUGUCAGCCUCCCCCCUCCACCUUUGCACUCUCACAACCGCUCAUGGAAGACCUCUACUUAUUGUCGCAAGGUUGCUCGUAAUGUUAUGGCAAUGGCCACAGGAGAGGCACCAGCUGAAGUUGCCACAACUGAGACGCCAGAGUUUGUCAAGACUCUUCAAGAAGCUUGGGACAAAGUUGAUGAUAAGUAUGCAGUGAGUUCACUGGCCGUGGCUGGUGUGAUUGCAUUGUGGGGCUCAGUUGGGUUGAUCUCAGCAAUUGAUAGGCUUCCUUUGAUUCCUGGGGUUCUUGAGGUUGUAGGCAUUGGCUACACUGGGUGGUUUGCAUAUAAGAACAUAGUUUUCAAGCCAGACAGGGAAGCUUUGGUACGGAAAAUAAAAGAAACAUAUAAUGAAAUACUGGGGAGCAACUGAAAGAGUUAGGAAAUGCUGAGAUGCUGUUGACAUGAAAGAGUCAUAUCUUGCAGCUUCCUGUUUAAGAUGUCAUCAUGCUUCAUUUUGUCGCCAUAAGCUUCUGACCACACUUUAUCCCAAAUAAUAUGUUCCGAAAAAAAAUUGUAUCUCUCUAUACAUAUUAAUCCACUUUUAAGUUUUAAGACAAUCUCAUUUCCUCAAUUAUCUGUAGCGGUUGGUUACAAGGAUGAGAAGAAGCAAUUAUAAAGCUGAAUUCAUUGACUUUAAAAGAAUAUCUUUAUGACCAUAUUUGUUACCUAUCA